UUAAUAGCUUCAUACUGUUAUUCGUUUUCACAGCUACUACAUCUUUUAAACAUGGAACCUCAAGGUGGUAUAUCUACCAACCUGGAUGGUAGCAAGAACCUUACCCUGGGCUUAGCAGGUGACCAUGGAAGUGCCGGUGCCUUUGUCCAUGGAUACAAGGAUAGUCAGCAGUUCCCUAAACCUACUGGACCUUCGUUUGGAUCCGCUGGGGGUAACAUCACUAUGGGGUCGCAGUCAGCCAACAUUGGAGUAACCGCCACACAUAUACCCCACUCCGCCAACCAGUUAUCAGCAUCAACUAACUUGAACCUGGUCGACGCCAACCGUCACAAGGUGGAUGUGAAUGCUUUCACCACGAAAACCUUCCCGAAAGGACCAGCUCCAAACUUUAAUACCCAUGGAGCUGGUGUGAAUUAUUCUUACAACGACACCGUACAUGCGGGUGCGUCGAUUGCGCACACGCCGAUGUUCAAACACACACAACAGUCCGUAAAUGCAGGGGUGAACCUGAUGAACACGCCAAAUUCAUCACUUUCUUUGAACGCUGGCGUCAGUAGAAGUCAGAAUCCUUUCCAUAACAGCGGGUGGCAACCUGGUGGUUCCAUGGUGUUUAGAAAACAAUUUUAGAUUUAAUUUUUUUUUAAUUAAUAUUAUCAUAUAAUUACUCUUUGGUAACAUACUCUAUGAUUAAGUCAUGCUUACUCUUUGUGAUAUCCGCCAUCAUUAAAGUUGCUAUCUACGUAUAUAUUGCUAAUAAAUGAUUCGUAAAGUGAAAACA